ACACAACACACACUAAGACAAAGCAGCCGAUCCAACGUUCGGCUUCGGCCCAUUCCCAACCACCAACUCACGCACUACGGUCUACGUUCUUCUACCCUCUAUAUAAACCCGCACUCGCACAGCCUCCAAUGCCCAAAUCGUCCACACUCAGAGAGAGAUAGCAGGAAAGAUAUCUCCGAUUCGAUCUACAUCUCCGUCGAGUUCAGUUCAAAUCCCGUUCGAGAAAAACAAAGAAAAAUGGUUGCGAAUCAGCCGGAGAAGGAGCAUCCGGUGCCGGCCUUUGGUUUGGCUGCCAGAGACCCAUCUGGAGUCCUCUCCCCCUUCAACUUCUCCAGAAGGUUUUCCAAUCCAAUAGUGCUUAAUCCGCCGGGAUCCCUUGUCUGCCGCCGCAACCACAGCCUCCCCCUUAUACGACGACACCCGGCACCCCACAGGACUGAUCGGAACCGUCGGUGCAGACAGGUACACGACCUCUGCCGGAUCAUCUCCGGCGCCACGGAAGCCAAGAUCGUAUCGACGGUACGGUACCAUAAAUCGCAUACUUCUCCAGAACCUUCUUCUCCGAUUUCAGUUCUGAUCUUCGAUCUCAAUCAAGUGUCCGAUUUCAGUUCUGAUUUUCGUCCUCCAUUGAAUCGACGUUCGCCUCACACUUCUUCUCGCUGCGGCUGGAGAACCCGUGGUGUCGUCGAAAUCGAGAGAGGGAAGGAGAGGCUGAGCGGCGCCGAUUUUCACAAUAGUUUAGGGUUUUCGUUCCACUUUCUCCUCCUUCUGUCACUCGAUCUGUCUUCCUCCCCAAACCACAAACCUUUCCUCCGCACAGAAGAAGAAGAAGAAGAGAUGAGCAAGGUCGAUGAAGGUGUCUCCUCCGAACUCAAUGAUGAAAACCAACAAAGAAAAGAAAAGGUGUAUUUGAGCAGUCGUUGUGGCGUACAAGAAUUCUCUGGCCUUAUAGAUAGUUUGUCCGACGACAAAAAGCAUGUCAUUGAAGAUAUGGGAUUUGGAGGGCUAUUGCAUUUGAAGAAGCAUAAGUUGAAGUUGAAACUUUGUGAGGAACUUAUGAUGAGGUUUGAUGUGACUACUAGUCAACUAAACGUGCAUGGUAAUCGUUUGACCCUACGUGUUGAUGAUGUUGUCACCAUAUUGGGUUUGCAUGGUGGAGGCAUGAAUGUGGAUACUCAUCUUGGUGAGGGAGAUGAAGUGAGGGUGGAAUUUGGAAGGGAUGGUGCUAGUUGCUUCACAAUUGAGGAUGUUACAGCACAGAUAGUUCAAUUGAGGAAUGAAUUUCAACAAGAAAUGCACUCUACAAAAUCACAAAUAGGUGACUUGAAGAAAGAAAUGUCUGAUUCUAUGUCACAAAUCAUUACAAAAUUGUCCAGCAUUGAAAGCCACUUGGAAGCCAAAGCUGCAAAUAAAACCAUAGAGGAUGAGGCGGUGCAGGUUCGUACAAAAAAAGGCGAGUUGAAUGAUGAUGCUAUUGCACAUGAGAAGACAUGCGAGGGAGUUAGAACGGGUGCAGAUCACACGAUCAGUGAAGAGAAUAUGACUACAAAUGAAGAUUCAACUAAUGUGUAUGAUAAAUUGGAUAACAUGGCUCGUGAUUUCAAGGCAAAAGAAGAUUUUGUGGAGCUUUCUGAUGAUGCAAGCUCACUUCUAAAAGCAUCAACGCCUAAGGGAAACCACCUGGUAAAGUUUUAG